UGCGGGGCCCCCCCCACUUCUCCCGGCCUCGGGCCAGCCCGGAGUCCGGGGGUGUUGGGUCCCGCCUCCAUGUGACGGCCGGGUCGGGAAUUGGCGGCGGCGCGGCUGCUAUUUCCGGUUUCCCGGAGGUGGGCGGGUGGGGUGCGGCACGGAGCAGGAGCGGCCGCCAGAUCCUGCCUCGCACCUGGUGCUGCCGGCAGGAUGCGGCCGGGGCCCGGGGGCUGCUGCUGCCGCCGCCGUCCUGCUCUGCCGAACGGCUGCGUGGCGAACGGGGAGUUGAAGAACGGCUAUGUGAGGAGCAGCCCGGCAGUCGCCGCCGCCUCUGCCACUGCCGGCAGCCAGAUUCAUCAUGUUACUCAAAAUGGUGGAUUGUACAAAAGACCAUUUAACGAAGCCUUUGAGGAAACCCCAAUGCUUGUUGCUGUGCUAACAUAUGUGGGAUAUGGCGUUCUAACACUCUUUGGAUAUCUACGUGAUUUCUUGAGGCACUGGCGAAUUGAAAAGUGUCACCAUGCAACAGAAAGGGAAGAGCAAAAGGACUUUGUCUCAUUGUAUCAGGACUUUGAAAACUUCUAUACAAGGAACCUUUACAUGAGAAUUCGAGACAACUGGAACCGACCAAUCUGCAGCGUUCCUGGAGCCAAGGUGGACAUCAUGGAAAGGCAUUCCCAUGAUUAUAAUUGGUCAUUCAAGUACACUGGAAAUAUAAUUAAAGAUGUUAUCAACAUGGGCUCCUACAACUAUCUUGGAUUUGCAAAGAACACUGGCACAUGCAAGGAAGCAGCAGCCAAAGUCCUGGAGGAGUAUGGAGCUGGAGUAUGUAGUACUAGGCAGGAGAUUGGAAAUCUGGAUAAGCAUGAAGAGUUAGAGAAGUUAGUGGCCAGGUUUUUGGGAGUGGAAGCAGCCAUGGCAUAUGGAAUGGGUUUUGCAACCAACUCAAUGAAUAUCCCUGCUAUUGUUGGCAAGGGCUGCCUCAUAUUGAGUGAUGAACUGAACCAUGCAUCUCUAGUUCUUGGAGCAAGAUUGUCUGGAGCAACCAUUAGAAUCUUCAAACACAACAAUAUGCAAAGUCUUGAGAAAUUAUUAAAAGAUGCCAUCGUGUAUGGACAGCCUCGGACACGCAGGCCUUGGAAGAAAAUCCUCAUCCUUGUGGAGGGAAUAUACAGCAUGGAAGGGUCAAUUGUUCGCCUCCCUGAAGUGAUUGCCCUUAAGAAGAAAUACAAAUCUUACCUGUAUCUAGAUGAAGCCCACAGCAUUGGGGCCCUGGGCCCCACAGGUCGGGGUGUAGUAGAAUACUUUGGUCUGAAUCCUGAGGACGUGGAUGUUAUGAUGGGGACAUUCACAAAGAGCUUUGGAGCUGCUGGAGGAUACAUUGGAGGCAGGAAGGAACUGGUAGAUUAUCUCCGAACACAUUCUCAUAGUGCUGUAUAUGCCACGUCAUUGUCACCACCUGUUGUGGAACAGAUCAUCACUUCUAUGAAAUGUAUUAUGGGUGAAGAUGGCACAAACCUUGGCAAAGAGUGUGUGCAACAGCUAGCUGAAAACACUCGGUAUUUCAGAAGGCGAUUGAAGGAGAUGGGCUUCAUCAUCUAUGGAAAUGAAGAUUCCCCUGUGGUGCCUUUGAUGCUGUACAUGCCAGCUAAAAUUGGUGCAUUUGGACGGGAGAUGUUGAAGCGGAACAUUGGCGUGGUUGUGGUGGGAUUUCCUGCUACCCCCAUUAUUGAAUCCCGAGCUAGGUUUUGCUUGUCAGCAUCACAUACCAAAGAAAUACUUGAUACUGCAUUAAAGCAAAUAGAUGAGGUUGGGGAUCUGUUGCAGCUGAAGUAUUCCCGUCACCGGUUGGUACCUCUUUUGGACCGGCCCUUCGAUGAAACUACAUAUGAAGAGACCGAAGAUUGAGCCCUCCUGGUGGCCUUUAAAGGACACCCUCCCUUACCCAGGACACUAUGUGGCCUUUCUGAGCCCAGUCUAGGAACCACACUUCUGUGGCUGCUUCACGUAAAAGACAUUUUCUCACAAUACUGAAGGUGACCACAUCCAAUCUAAAUGGCAUUUUGUAAAUAGUGAAAGUCGCUUCUCAUUCUUUCUCUGCUGCAUUUUCUUCAAAGAAAGGUGUCUUAUCCUUUACCCUCCUCCCACCCCUGUCUCUGCACACACUUUUGGAAGGAAAAAAAAAGACAUUGUUUUAUAGUCCUUGUCCUGGUGAAAUCACGAUAUCCUAUAACCCUCCCCCUGCCUCCAUCUUCCCUACUGCUCUGGUCCCAGGUAACCCUUCUCUGCAUAGCUGUUGUUGCUGUUGGCUACAGAGUGGUACCUGCAAAGAGAAUUCACUGCGCUCCGGAAGCAAGUGCCUUCCACUUUUCUCCUAUCCAGUCCUUGAAAGUUAUUAAUGUUUAAACCCCAAUUUAACCAGAAAAAUAAUCAACCAAAGCUCUUUCUUUAGUUCUGUCUCAAGUUUAAACACUUUAAAUCUUAGCUUUAAUUUUUUUUUAAGAUAACAAAUGUUGCUGAUAGGACCAUUAUGUAACUUCUCCUGGCCAUGGCCCUCCAAGACUUUGUCCAGCAUCCAUUUUCAUCCUGGCCACCAGAUGUUUUCUUACUUUGCCAUCGUGUUUCCUCAUGAUAUUCACAAACCUAGAGUAUGUCCAAGCAGGAGAGAAUUUUUCCUUCCGUUAAGCAUGUUUAAUAUUUAUGAGAUAGCCAUGUCCCAUUCCUGUUUAAUCUCCUUCUGCCAGUGAGACCUUUAUUAGUGAAAGCACGUUUCCUGUUUUGUUAUUUCACAUACAAAACUGCUCUACUCAGUCAGGUGGUUGGCCAUGAGACAAAGUUUUGUAAAGGGAGCACUGCCAGUUGCAUCACAGAGAAGAAUAGUGUUCAUGUAAUUGACCCCGGUUCAUGAAUCUCUUUCUUACUGCUUCCUAUAUCUCAGAACUGUGGCUGUCCACAAGAAAAGCCGUUUCCAGUCGGGACUUAGAAUGAUUGAGUAAAAUGGGGAUAAGUUCUCUGCCUGGAAACCAGUCAGUAUAUUUCUAUGAAAGGAUUAACAUUGCUACACUAGCCCGUUUUUUAAAAGUCUAUUUCCUUCUCCAUCCUCCUAUAUCCUGAUCACUGUUUUCCUUGGUUGUUUUUUCAUCAAAACAUCUACCAUAUGAAUGAGAUACAUGGUGAAUUGGUUAUUUUCACCUGCUUCUGUCUGUAAUAGCCAUUGCCCUUUUUUUUUUCUGAGAGGCUCAGAAUGCAUCCUUCUCCUGCCCUGGGGACUGUGCUAAGGGGCCUGCUUUGAUCUUCUGCUUGCACUUCAUAUCCAGAACAAAUCUGGACACCACCAUUCCAAAGCUAUUCGUUCCUCUUCUUUUAACCAAAGCCUAAGGGAGUCAUGUUCUUGGCUUUAUUAUGCCCAAAGUUAGCUUGUCUUUCUAAAAGAUAAAAGACUAUCAAGCAUCUGAGGAGAAGGUUGGGAUAGGAAUGAAAAAAAGUAUUUUGUGUAUGGACUUGUGCAUAUGUUUGUAUUUUGAAACUAUUUGUUUUACUGGCAAAGGAUCUCAUUUCAAAUUCUAUCUGGGCAGCUUGUGAUAGCUGUAGUAAGUUUGUGAAGAUAUGCUAAGUUGUAAGUAGAAGGCACAAAAAAUACUGUUGAUGGGGUGGUUUUGUUAUUUACUUUUAAUGUUUUAAAUAUGUUGGAUUCACUGAUACCCAAACAAAAAGCCCUUGGGUAAAGUCUAUGGUUUUAUGCCCUUUUUUUGAGGGGUGGGAGGUGGAGAGAAUGUUCAAUAGGGUUGGAGAAGACUAUAUAUAAGGUAUUGCAGUGAAAAAAUGAAGAAUAACAGGAAAAGAAAUAAAAUAGGCCUUUGGUUAAAAACCAAGCAAAUAGCUAGCUAUUCUUAAAUGAAAGCUUCUCCACCAUAGUACCAAAAUGCCAAGCAGCAACUUCUGCCUUUCAGCUAAAGAAAAUCUCCAAAUCUCAAAUGUAGACUUUCAAAUCAGUGCAUUUUUCUACCCUGUCUUUUACCUUGGGAUAAAUGAGGUGAUAGCAAAUGAAAAUGUACAACAUUUUAUGGCCAGUUUUAAAAAUUGAUAUAAUUACAUUAUGACAGUGUAGAAUAAACUUCUUAAAACAAGUGUACUUUAAACUAUGAUUUUAUUUAUAAAGGAUAAAACCCAUGUGUUAUCUAUACUUCCAUAACUUUCUAAAAGAUGAACUGCUAUUUUACUUUAACCUAUGGAAAAAUGAAUUACAUAUAACGAUUGGUUGUCCCUCUUCUUGAUACUGUGAUACCUAAGGUAUAGUCAGACUUUGUAGUAUCUAACUGUUUUGAAAUCAUUAAGUCUACCUGUUGAUUAAUGAGGUGGAAUCUGGUACACCAGGCAUGAUGGAACACCCUGGGAUGUGUUGGAGUAUAGGAAUCUGAUGAGACUCUUUAAGAUCAAUCUAUUAAUUAUUACCAAAGGCUGGGAUCCAAAGUACUAAUUAAGCACUGUAGAAUAGGCCAUUUCUUCUUUUCUCAUCUUCACCUCCCAAUCUUACCUCUCUCCUUCUCUUCAGGUUUUGAUGAAUGACUUAAGCUGUUUUGAAGCUUAUACUUUUUGGAGAACACAUCAAAUCAGUCCUUCCCUCCAAAAAAUAACAUUGAUUUCAAAUCCAGUAGCUAUUUCUCCCUGCACACUGAGCAAUGUGAAAUAAGGCAUAAUGAACAGAAAGGGUAGAGGUUUCAGCCUCUUCUUGUCUUCAUUUAUACUUUCAACUAAAUACUUCACAGGGUGAUUAUUUCAGCACAAAUAAAUGUAAUGAUUGUGAGACCUUCCUGGAGAGAUUACCUUUAGGAGUAGGGACCUUGGAAAGCUUUCUGUCUGUUUUUGGAUGGGAGUCUUCAUUUCAGGAAAAAUGUACUUAGCUCUAGACCUUUAAAGUACUGAUGACCUAUGAGAACUUACAGCCCAAGGACCCAAUAAUGUUUUUGUUCAUUUAACUGAGCCGUUGCAGCUUAUAGAGGAGAUUAAAGUGUGUGUUUCCAACUAAAAAGAAAAUGAUCACUUCUCAACAACAUUUUGAAGGCAAUGAAAAGGGGUGUUACUUUCUGGACAUUCUCCUCCCAGCUUGCCACUCUCUGCUUCCUUAGUUUACUUUCUUUUCUCAUUCAAGUCUCCAUGUGUUUACAGUUUUAGCUUUUGUCGUUGUUGAAAAAGCUGGUAUGGUAUGCUGUUUAUUAUGUUUUAGAAUGGGCAUAUCAGAACAUUUUUUAAAAUUACAAAUUGAAUGCAGAUAUGUGAAUCUCUCCAAAUGCAUCAGAUCCAAUUGGUACACACUCCCCCCCCCACCCCCAACUUAACAUGGAGUCAGGCUCCAUAUUAAUUUUCUGACCAAUAAUUAUCUAUUUAGUUCAAUUUACCAGAACCUACAUUUUCCUCUUCUAUUUGCUCAUGAAUAUAGGGAGAAAGUGUGACUUGAGGAAAUUUCCUAGUUCCUUUAAAAGAAAAUCCUAAGGCAACUAGAUGGCACGGUGGCUAGAGCACCAGACCUGGUAUCAGGAGGACCUGGGUUCUAAUCUUACCUCACAUACUUACUGUGUGACUCUGGACAAGUCACUUAACCCCAUUUGCCUAGCUCCUGCCCUUCUGCCUUAGAGUUGUUACUCUGACAGAAGGUAAAGAUUUUAAAAAAGAAAGAAAAUGAUGCCUACUUCCAUUUCUUUCCCUUCCAAAUUGGUGAGGAGACUUCCCUCAAUGACAUUGGUUAUGGAAUUAAUAAAACCUUAUUCAUCAAUCCAUAAAUGGGGGGGGGUAUAAUCUGUUCUGGUUAGAAUAAUAUGGAGGCAUGGCAUAAAUUAUCCACAGAAACAUGGUUCCAGUUGGAAAGCUCUGUGUUCCAUUGGCUAUAGAAAUGUAUUUCUGUGGGCUAUUGUUCCUUACUUACAGUGAGACACUUCUACCUAUUCCUUCUCCUGGUGUUCCAUAUAUAAAGUGUUUUCUUUUUUAAACUUCUGUAUGUACAACCCCACCCCAUGUGAUGUGAAAUGGAUUGAACUAGGAAGGUCCUUUUUCCUUGUGUGGUCUCAUAUUUACAAUGUGAUUCAUGGAUUUGUGUUGAAUAUUCUAUGCUAUUAAAAUAGAACAGGGCACCACUAUAUGGAGGGAAAAGCAUUGAAAUCAAGAUUAGAAGACUCAUUGCUGCUCAAAGAGCCUUCAAGUGUGCCUGCUACCUGUUUUACAUAGGAUCACAGCUGUCAGGCAUGUAAUUCAAUCCAGCAAGCUAGGAAACCAAACCACACUACCUGAGAGAGACAGGCAUGUCUACUUCCUGCUUGGCUUUACUAAUCUGAAAUAUAGUUCUCAGACUCCCAGUCUCUUGCCAUGUGCCUGACACAGGCAGAAUUUGGCAGCUGUCUCUCUUCUUUAUCAUGCAGAACAAAUGUCUGGAGCCAAGUAGUGAUUUUUGUUGGAUUUAAUUUGGUAGAAGAUGUUGUGUUCCCUUCUGACCUUUUUAGGAACUCAAAUUUCCUGAGCAUGUUCUAUUAUAGGUUGAAUGCCUGAUUUGGGGAGGGAACCAAAGGGGUUAGUUCAUGUUUCUCUAGUCAGAAUGCUAUGUUUUUGACCCCAGUAACUAGUGAAGUUAGAGUUAUCUUGUUCCCAUCCUAUCCCAAACUUAGAGAAGAAAAUAGAAAAGGGAGCCAGCAAGAGACUGUUUACUGUACAAUGCACAUCACAAAUGGUCUUAAACUGCUAUUCUUUUUGGUAUGAUGCGUUUUAAUAAGCUGACCCUAAAGAAUACAAGGAAUCUUAAAACUGCAGGUAUUGUAUUCUUAAAGAAGCAAUACCUGAGGCUUUGUUCUUGCUAAGCAAGCAGAGGUAUAGGGAGCAAUGGAAGGAAGGAGGACACUACUUCUUUUGCUUUCUAAGUUUGUUCUACUAUGAUCUCCACUGAUGAGCAAGGAAUAUGCCUGUGUAUAGAGACUCUAUUCUGCUCAGAACUUGCUUUAUGUAACUUUAUAUCUAAGUCCUUCCAGCAAAGCUUGGUAACUUGUCCAGGAAUUCCUGGAGAAUAAAGAAGGCAAAAUAGGAUGAAAAUUAGGGCUUCUUUCUGCCUGGUAAGGGAUAUUGACCAACUUUUUCCUCCAUUGAACAAGAGUCUUGUUCAAAUAAUGGAAUUGGGCCAGUGGUCAAAAUUAUAGAAGCACAAGAUGUGUCACAUUACCCCAACCUCUUUCAACCAACACUCCCCAUACAAUCUUGAUGAUCCCUCUCUAUAUGAAGGCAGCUAACAUAAAGGAGAUUGAGAGUGAAAGGUAUGGGUUAAGAAUUAGGGAAACAACCGUUUUUUGGAACCUGAAAUGUCUGGUUGCCUAGAUUUUUCCAUUGAGAGGACAAAGUGAAAUUGCAGGAAGUGGGAUGGGAUUUUCCCCUCUCUGGUCCUAUGAUGUACAUAUAUACAUACCCCUGGAGGGAAGAGGGGGAUUGAUUGUAAAUAUGAAACAUUUUAAAUAAAAUUUUGUAACUGAUUUCCCUCUCCCACCAAAAAAUAAAGUAUUUUAUGCCAGAUCUAAUUUUUUUUUAAUUAUUGUUGGAUGACUGUGAAAGUGGGUACAUUGGGAGGGAACUAUUCAUUCAUCUUCAAAAGUGCAUGUUAAACCCAGAAGGGAAACUGCCUGGGAUAAAUAAGAACAAUCCAUGCAAAUCUAUUUGUCUUUUGUCCAAUAAAGUAUUCAGAAA